AUGGCGGUGAAUCCCCAGCAGCAGCGGGGACAGCGGCGCAGGGAGCGCCGUGAGCGGGCAGAGUCCUCGGUGGCUUGCGAGGUGUGCGAGGGAGGCGAGGAGAUGCCGGAGCCCCUGCAGCAGUGCACGGCCUGGCUGCGAGCCUACUUCAGUGAGCCAGAGACCACAGGGAGCCUGCCCCUGCCAGCCUUCCACCACCCCCUGCUGCAGAGAGAUUCCUUCACCAGGCAGGUGCUGUGGACCCUGCUGAAGGAUGUGAAGUUUGGGGAGGCUGUUUCCUACAAGCAGCUGGCAGAUCUUGCUGGCAACAGCCGGGCAGCCAGAGCCGUGGGAGGAGCCAUGAGGAGCAACCCGAUCCCCAUCAUCAUCCCGUGCCACAGGGUGAUCCUCAGCAGCGGGGACACGGGCAGCUACGGCGGGGGACACCUGCUGAAGGAGUGGCUGCUGUCCCACGAGAAGCUGCAGAAGGAGAAGCUGGCGCGCGGCGGCGGCCGCUAACCGGCCACGGCUCCCUGCCUUGUAACAAGCUCUCAGAGCACCCAGCAGAACUCAGAAAAAUGGUAAAUAUUUGAGUGACAUAUAAAUAUAAUGCAACAUCCAAAGUGAAAUGUGUGGUGGCACCACUGUAUUAAAAAAGCGGGAUGCGUCCUGGGGGAGGCAGCUCGGCUGCCCUUUCUUGUUUUUACAUUUUACAGCAGAAUGACUACAGCGAUCCAGGCCUGUUGUGCAUGGAUUUUGUUCCCAUCUCCAGCCCUGUCUUGUUCUAUUUUUAAUGUCCAUUAAAGCAGGGAUAAGGGAGUGGGAGGGACGUGGCAAAUGUGAGGUGGAAGCUUCCCCCGAGGAGGCAUCUGGCUCCUGGCAGGGGCUGCCCAGCCUGGCACACCCUGCCCAACUCCCCCUCCCCAGUUUGGGGCAUAAAAUUGUGUUUUACCUCAACAGGAGUUAAAGGAGCACAGUGAGAUCUCUGCAAAAGCAGCUGUUGAAUUCCUUACUCCUGCCUUUUCUUUUUGGACUGGGAGAUGGGAAAUUAUUUUUUCUUUUUUGCCUAGAGCAGGGGAAGAGAUGUUGUUGACAAAUUGUGUAUUUUGGAUAAGCAGUUUAUUAGAGAUAUUAGAGAUAAGUUUAUUAGAGUUUAUCAGAGAUAAGCAGAUUAGCCAAAUUCAGCAAAAUACUGAAAAGCUCAUCGUAGUUGCUUCCUUAGCAGAGGCACAUUCCUCUAUCAUUUGAGUUUUCCUUCAGAUUUCCACAUUUCUCUGUUAUCCAAAGCUUUAUUUCCCGCAGCCUCUCCUUGGAAGGGUUCAAGAGACAUUAAAGCUAAAUUUUGAGGUGGUUUUAGCAGGGUUCUCUGCAAGUACGAGCCACCAGAAGCUGAAAUUUCCAGUAUGGGAAUCGUAAAUUGUAACAUGGAAAUACUGAUUUUUUUAUGUGUUUUAUCAUAUUUUCAUGGAUGUCUCUUUAGAAAGGCCAUUGCUGCCCCCCACAAAAAAUUAUCAUGUGGCAUUGUGUUAGUUAAUCCAGGAUUAUUGAUACCUCGGAAUUACUUCAAUAAAAAAUCUGCUUUGCAUGUG